AUGCUCCAGGACGGUCACGGUCGCUCUUUUCUCUCUCUCUGCAGCGCCCUUCGCUACCUCCAUGACAUCGCAGAGGAAUGGUUGGCGCCGGGGAGGACGUCUCCCCCCGUACCCGAGAAGCCCGUCCGGGAGCAGACGCCGAGGGAGCCGCCACCGGGGAAGAAGAGGGGCAGGAAGAGGAAGUCCCGGGACCCCGAUGAUGGCGAUGUGGACUUUGUGGUGUCGGAAGAGCUGCUGCGGGAGGAGGAGAAAGAGGAGGCUGAGAGUGAUUGUCCGAGCGAUGAGAGUGAAGGGGACGGCCCAUCCUACAACAUGAACGUCUUCGCCUUCGGAGAGCCCUAUCCUCAGAUGAAAGGCGUGGCAGAGAACGGCUUCCAUAACUCCAUCAUGACUCCCGUCUUCAAGUCUCUGGAGGUCACUAUGGACUUCCGAAACCUCUACCACUCAGACUGGGAGUUCCCUGAUUGGAUCCCGUGUAAAUCCAGUUGGCACUUCCUGUCCUGCCGGGACGCCGAGCCUUACCUCCCCCUCCAGCCGUCCUCGCCACCAUUCUCCAUCAGACGGGAAGGAAUCCAGGAAGAGGCGGAGCCGUGUGUGCUGAGCAGGUUCCAGUCUCUGCCCCCUCACCCUGAGCGCUGGGACUUCACCUUGUUUGUGGGGGGCCCCGUGUGGUCCAUGGAUUGGUGCCCAACCCCGGCUGGCUCCGGGGCCUGUCAGUACCUGGCUGUGUACUGUCACCGCGGGAUGGAUGACCGCCAUAGCCUGCAUGUGACGCACAGCCGACCGGCACUGCUGCAGAUCUGGAGCCUGGGGGCCCUGGAUGUGGAGAGCGGCUGCGAGUCCGCGGCGUCUCUCUCUUAUGGGCUGGCGGUGGAUGAAGGCUGCAUCUGGGAUAUGAAAUUCUGCCCCAGCGGAGGGUGGGAGCUCCCAUCUGCCCCCAGAAAGGAGUCGCAGAUGGCCAGACUGGGACUCCUGGCGGCCGCCUUCUCCAGUGGCCAUGUUUACAAUGGGGUCACAUUUGAGAAUACUGCUUCUCCCUUCUCCAGUCUGAUCCCUGCUGCGCAGGGACUGCAAGAGGCCGUCACCGGGUCACCUUCAGAAGCUGAUGAAGCCGAGAUCUACGUCGCCACAGCAGCCGGAGAAGUGACAGCUGAAGGUGGAAGUGAUGUCAUACGCGUCUCUUCCACAUUCGGUGAUCGGGGGGAAGCUGAGCUGCUGGAUCUGUGUGCCGAUCUCCCCUCCAGCCACAGAGACCUGCCUUGCCGUGCCCGGGGUGCAUGGAGGACAGGGGAGCCCGCGAUGGUCUGCGGAGGAGGGAGGGAUGCCUAUUACACGGAUGAGAGGCUCCAUCUCCCCAUCUGCCGCCCGUCACUGAACACCGAGUGCGACGCCGCCAUCCACCAAUCAGAGAGCUGCUGUGUGCGACGUCUUCAAAGGGUGGACCCUGUGGUUCGGCUGUACGUUGGCUCGGUCAAGGCGUGUAAACCUGGAGACAAUGGGCAGUGUUUCUCCGUGGCCUGGCUCCACUCUAAACCCCACCAGUAUCUGGCGGCUGGAUUCUUCGAUGGCACGGUGUCCAUCUGGGAUCUGUAUACCAAAUCUAUUCUUCAGAAGGUGCGCCAGGGUCAUGUGAUCAAGCAGUACCCGUUCCUCAGCUUUCCGGCCCACAACCAUGCUGUGCGCUGCAUCGAAUGGUGCAAGGCAGACAGUAAUUUCAUUGUGACGUGCGGUGCUGAUCGAAAUUUGAAGUUUUGGGACCUCCGGCGGUUGGCGGCUCCGAUUAAUGAUUUUAAGCGCUUCCAGAGCACGGAGAUGACGUGGCUGCUGCCAUAUUGCGGGGUGGUGGUGGCACAAGACAACUGCUUUGCCGCGUACGGGCUGUGCGGCCUCCAUUAUGUGGACUCGGGGUUCAUGGGAUACAAGCCAUACUUUGCUGCACCGCGGAGAGGGACGGCCUGGAGCGUGUCGGGCUCGGACUGGUUGGGCUCGGUCACCGCCGGGGAUAUCACGGGCGAGGUGAUGGCCGUCCUGAUGCCGUUUCUCAAUGUCCAUUCCAUUAACACCAAGCGCCCGGCUGACCGCAGAUUCCCCAUUUAUAAAGCGGACUUCCUGUCCUCCGCGGCUCCCUUAGAGGGCGACGUGCAGAGCCCACCCGACGCGCCGCUGACCAAGAGCACCGACUACCAGCGCUUCAAGCCGAAGUCAUUCCGAGCGGCAGAAAGCCGGGCCGCCCUCCUCUUCCAGGACACGGAUCUGAGGGACUUCCAUCGCAUUAACAGCCGGAAACCCACCAAGAGGAUGCAGAUCAAUGAGACGAAGGGGGAUGUAAACAUGGAGCGUGUCCAGCUGGAGUCCAUACACAAG